AUGGCUGUAGUGGAUCGUGCAACGAGACGGCCCGGCGUCUCUUUCGCGGCCGCAACGUCAGGGGCGCCCUCCGCCGUCCCGGCUGCGUCGGCUGCUCCUGCUCCUGCCGCGUCCGAUGCCGUGCCGAUACCUGAGGCUCCUGCGCCUCCACCACAGCUGCUAGUGGCGGACCCGGGUACUGCCUCUCCCGGGCCGUCGGCCAGACUGCGCCCCGCCAAUCGCCUGCGCGGGGGUCAGCGCCCCGUGGGUACCCAGCGCUCAGCACCGUCAGUCGAGCAGCCCCAGGUGGACUCUCCAAGCGAGUCAGCCACGCCUCCCAGCGACGGGGCCGCGCCGGCAGCCUCCACCGCUGACCUGGCCAACCUCGUCGCGCAGCUCACUGCCUUGGUGACCAGUGCUACGAAAGUCCUGUCGCAGCAACUCACCGCUGCAGUGCCGCUGGCCUCUCCGGCCCCGACCGCUGUCAACACUCACCAACUGCACCAUGGGCAGCGUUAG